AUGGUGCACUGGAAGGAUCUCGUUGCAGAGAAGAGGCUGCGGCAAGAAGACUCUAUUCCUAAGGAAUGGCUAAUUUCCGUUCCUCCGGAUUCGGUGCUCGACGUGAGGAAUGUCCCCCAGGAAUGCGGCCGCCUCUCUGCACGAGAAUUAGACAUCACGAACACCGUGGAUGUCGCGGUCCUUUUGAAGAAACUUGCUACUGCUGAAUGGUCUUCGGUUGAGGUUACUACCGCUUUCUACAAGAGAGCCAUCAUUGCUCAACAACUAGUUAAUUGCCUUACCGAAGUCUUUGUUGAUCGGGCGCUUGCUCGCGCGGCUGAGUUGGAUGCGCAUCUGAAGAGUACUGGGAAAGUCGUCGGUCCCCUUCAUGGUCUGCCGAUAUCUCUCAAGGAUCAGAUAUGCAUUAAGGGUCUGGAAACUGUGAUGGGAUACGUUUCUUGGAUAGGAAAAUACGCUGAACGGGACGCAGUUCUUGUUGAGAUUCUUAGUGAGAACGGUGCCGUGCCAUUCGUCAGGACAAAUGUCCCCCAAACACUGAUGUGGACGGAAACCUUCAAUCACGUCUUCGGCAGGACAGUCAACCCGGCGAACCGUUCUCUGACCUGUGGUGGUUCCUCUGGCGGUGAAGGUGCGCUCAUAGCGAUGAGAGGAAGUUCUCUCGGUGUCGGGUCUGAUAUCGGAGGCUCCAUACGAAUUCCCUCUGUAUUCAACGGGCUAUUUGGCCUUCGGCCGUUGUAUGGGCGCGUUCCGUACGAGGGAUGCGUGAAUUCUAUGCUGGGCCAAGACUCCAUCCCAUCCGUGCUUGGCCCUUUGUCCAAUAGCAUCAGUGGGGUCAAGGUCUUCAUGCAAGCUGUCAUCAACAGUCGGCCCUGGCUCAGAGAUCCUCUUGCCGUGAGGAAGAAGUGGGACGAGGAUGCUUAUGCGCUUGCAGAACACGGCGGUGGGCAGGAACUGUGUUUUGGGAUCAUGUGGAAUGAUGGCAUUGUCGUUCCACAUCCCCCGGUUAUCCGAGCCUUGGAAACCACGAAGCAGGCGCUCCUUGCUGCUGGACACAAGGUCAUUGAUUGGGAACCAUACAAGCACUCGGAGUUAGGUGCCUGCAUUUCUGCAAUUUGGAAUGCCGGGGCGGCUGAGGAUUAUAAAGUCGUUACCGCACUGACAGGAGAGCCUGUUAUCAGCUCCAUGAGCCCUGAUGAGGAUGCAGGUCCUGUUUCAAGUUCCUUCCGACCCGCGGACGACGGGCUCUCCGCCUACCAGCUCUGGCAGGUUCAGAGCAGGAGGGCUAUAUUGCGCAAGGAGCAUCUCGACCACUGGGCUAAGACUCUGGAACAAACGGGCACCGGAAGACCAGUGGAUGCUAUCAUUUGUCCUGCCGCACCGUACGCAGCUCCUCCACACGGUAAAAAUUUGAGUGCCAGCUAUACCAAGGUGUGGAAUACGUUGGACUACCCGGCAUGCAUUUUCCCUGUCACGAAGGUCGAUCACGUUCUGGAUGUAAAGAAACCUGCGCAUGAAUUCCUGAGCGAGGAGGAUCAAAGGAACUAUGAAUUCUACGAUCCCGCAACAUUCAAGAAUGCGCCGAUUGGUCUACAACUUGUUGGACAUACACUGGAAGAGGAAGUUGUGAUUGCAAUGACCGAGAUCGUGGACGCCGCACUUAAGUCUGCGGCAGGGGCCGUCUAG